AAUAAAUGGAAGGGGGAAGCGAGCAGAGCAGAGCAGAGGCAUCAGGUAAACCCCCCGGAAGAACCGCCCGGGACACCAGGACAGAGAGGCCUCAGCCCAGCGUGUGUUUGGUUUCUUGCGUAUUCUCUCGUGGAAACAGCUGCGUGGGAGGGGAGGACGGAGGAAGGACACUGGGACAGGGCAAGGAGGAUCCUGGAAGCUGCCUCCCGGAGGAGAGAUCCGUAAUACGUUAUAUAUAAACGCCCCCCGCACACGUCGAUCUCCGGUCACAGCCACAGGCAACCAAUCUCCGGUGCCCCUCAAGACCAGGAGCACUGCCGCGCGCCGCGUCGUCGACUCGUCGGUGAGUGAGUGAGUCCCGGCCUGGCGUGGCGUUCGUCGCGGGGCAUCAUCAUCAGAGCCAGCUGCAGGACUUGAGGUCUCACGGUCACUCAAGUCGUCUGGUCUGAGUGAGCCAUGGCGGAGGCCAACCGCAGGACGACGCCCCGGCCCCGCGCGGUGCCGCCGCUGCUCGCCGAGGUGGAGGUCUCCAACCUGCCCGGCUUCGACGUCACCCCAACGCCGAGCCCGCACGGCCAGGACGCCACCACGCCGAGCCCGCGCCCGCCCACGAAGCCGUCGUCCCGCCCCGGGGUGCCGCCGCUGGACCGCGUGCCGUGCCGCAGCGAGGUGGUGUUCCCGCCGCUGGACUCGCCGUUCCAGGCGCCGGGCUACCGCUCCGUGCAGCCCGUCUCCAUCAGCCUCCCGGCGUCGCCCAUCGGCUUCGGCUUCGGCGUGCCCGUCAUCCCCGCGCCGGCCAACGCCGCCGCCGCCGACUCGGACGACGACGGCCUCCGGAGGCAGGCCCUCCAGGCCAACGCCGCGGCCGGCGACCCGCAGCAGGCGCCGGCGCCGACGCCGCCGCCCGCGCGGGAGAAUGGAGGAGGGGGCGUCCGGUUCAUGCACCAGCCGGACAAGCUGGUGUUCCGCUCGCAGCCCAUUCCCGGCGGCCAGCCACAGCGCGCCGGCAGCCGAGCCGCCCGGGCCUGCAGGGCCAUCAGCCGGGACAGGCGCUAUGACACGUUCAAGACCUUCUCCGGGAAGCUCGAGCGCCAGCUCACCCACCUGGCCGGCGCCCCGGAGGUCCAAGAGGUGCGAGGAGAUGACGCCGUCGACGCCGCCACCUCCCGCACCACGUCCAUGCCCAAAGUCGAUCGCUUCUUCGCCGCACUGGAAGGCCCCGAACUCGACAAGCUCAAGACGUCUGAGGAACUGGUGCUGCCGUCGGACAAGACGUGGCCGUUCCUGCUCCGGUUCCCCGUGUCGGCGUUCGGUAUCUGCCUGGGCGUGAGCAGCCAGGCGAUCCUGUGGAAGACGAUCGCGUCGUCGUCGCCGACCACGUUCCUGCACGUAUCCCACAAGGUGAACCUGGUGCUCUGGUGCAUCUCCGUGCUGCUCAUGUGCGCCAUCACGGCCGUCUACGCGCUCAAGCUCGCCUUCUUCUUCGAGGCCGUGAGGCGCGAGUACUACCACCCCAUCCGGGUCAACUUCUUCUUCGCGCCGUGGAUCGCCUGCCUCUUCCUCGCCAUCGGCGUGCCGCCGUCCGUGGCCACUGAGCCCCUGCCGAGGUGGCUCUGGUACGCGCUCAUGGCGCCCGUGCUCUUCAUGGAGCUCAAGAUCUACGGCCAGUGGAUGUCCGGCGGCCAGAGGCGCCUGUCCAAGGUGGCCAACCCGUCCAACCACCUGUCCGUGGUGGGCAACUUCGUGGGCGCGCUGCUGGGCGCCAACAUGGGGCUCAGGGAGGGCCCCGUCUUCUUCUUCUCCGUGGGGCUGGCGCACUACAGCGUGCUGUUCGUCACGUUGUACCAGCGGCUCCCCACCAACGAGACGCUGCCUAAGGAGCUCCACCCGGUCUUCUUCCUCUUCGUGGCGGCGCCCAGCGUGGCGAGCAUGGCGUGGGCCAAGAUCACGGGCGAGUUCGGCUACGGGCCCAGGGUGGCCUACUUCAUCGCCAUGUUCCUGUACGCGUCGCUGGCGGUGCGGAUCAACUUCUUCCGGGGGUUCCGCUUCUCGCUGGCGUGGUGGGCGUACACGUUCCCGAUGACCGGCGCCGCCAUCGCGUCCAUCCGCUACUCCACCGAGGUGGACAACACCUUCACCAAGGCGCUCUGCGUGGCGCUGUCCGUGAUCGCCGUGCUCACGGUGACGGCGCUGUUCGUCACCACGCUGGUGCACGCGUUCGUGCUCCGGAAGCUCUUCCCCAACGACAUCUGCAUCGCCAUCACGGACCACAAGAUGAAGCCCAUCAUGGAGCUGCACGAGAGCCAUGGCGAGGACAGCAGCACCAACAGCAACGACAUCGAGACCGGCGCCGGUGGCAAACAGUGAGGGACGCGACGCCUAGCUAGGAAGCAUGCAUAAGCAAUGCACGCGCGCGCACACCCAAGUCGCCGAGCUUCACGCACGCCAAGCGUGGGGGGAUGACGCGACCGAGUUCUUGCUUGGAUUGGAUUGGAUCUUUCUAUAGGAUUGCCUACUUGGUUCGAUGGCGCACGCUGAGGACCUUUGAUGGAUUGCAUCUAUUAGUUACUCUAUCUACUACUAGUCAGUAGAGAACUACUUGAAUGUACAGAGUGGGCUACGUUGUAUGAAACGCGGCUGCUUAUUUAUCGUGGAAACAUUAUGCAUGCAGAGUGGCUUUAAAACUUAAGCAUCUCAUCAGUUC